CACAUCCAACUGAGCAUGCAGAUAAACAGAAGACGUUAUUAAAGAUUAAAUGAAUUGCUUUGAUUGCGCUUUUGCAAAUUUUAAUAUGGAAAAUUGGAAUGGAGUUUUAUUCAACACUGUCGAGUGACUAUAUUCUCACUUCGGCUACUUAUGACGAAUCUUCAUUUAGGCUAUUUCACAUUAGAACUCUGAGCUUAUUUUCAGUUUUGCUAAUUGCAAAAGUGGUGGAGGUAAUUAACCGUGCCAGUGAAAUAUAUGCAUUAAUAAUGCGAAUUUCGCAGUUCACGUGCAGCCUAGAAAGCAAGUCCCUGUUUCUGUAAUUAUGCGUUAAUUCCUGGGAGUUAUAAUCUACCCUUCAGAAUUACCCAACGUGCGGAGUAACCUGUAUGUCUAUCACGUGCGUUUGUCGUGAUUUCCAGAUACGUAUAUUCAUAACAGUAGACAUAAAAGCGCCGCCUGUUGGAGAGUUACUAUAAUUAUUAUAUUACUCGGCGUUUAAUAUGAGGGUGUCUUACCGUGUCGGCUUGCGGUACCAGUGAAAUAAGAGAAAUUAAACGGAAGGGCAUUCGAUUAUACUACAUAUAUGCUAUUGCUGUUAUGAAAUUUUUUUCGCAUGCUACAUGUGCUCCGGUGCAUCAAGUGAAGUGAAGGCCCUGAAUGGUACCUGGUACCAGGACUCAAGUUCAUGGACCUUGCAGCUGUCAUAUCGUUUUAUGCUAGGGUUUUGGUACUUUCAGGUGUGAAAAAAACUGCGUUGGUAUAAAGAAUGCAAAACCCGUAGUCUUAAAAACAAGGUUUGUUGCCAGAGAUAUGGAUAUAUAUUAGUUAUAGCAUAUAAUUGAUUUUGAACUGCAACCAUGCAGUAAACUGGUGAAAUAUUCAAGCAAAUAUCUAUGCAGAGUAUAAGACGUGAUUUCUCUGGCUUAAAACUAUUUAAAAUAUUUCUGCCAUAUGAAGACAUGCUUCAUAAAAGUAUAAUAGUAAAUAGUAAAGUUAAUAGUGAAGGUAUGUCCUGUGUAAUUUGAGAUGGGGAAAGGUGCAUUUUAAUAACCUGUUACUUAUUUAGUUACCGCCCCUGGGCAAUCCAUAUGAACCGGUAUAACAGAAGGUCUGUAUAAUAAGUUGGCUGAAAUCUUGGCAAAGUGAGCCGUGGCGAGAUGUCUCUGUCUAUAAAAGUAUGAAACGUGGACGUUUGCACUUGUAAAAGAAAGUGCUGUGAAGACUCUGUAGGCAAUCUUUUAAGCAAGUGCCCCUCAGAUGAAACAGUCAAAACAUACAGAAUUUACGGUUUAAAAAACGUAUAUAACCGACCUCGUGUGUAAUAUUGAAAAUGCACUCUUCCAAGUCGGAUGAAACGUGAAACCUGGCCGGGUGGGGUGCGGUGGAGGGUAAAGACUGGGAUUCCCACCGGAGGAUUGUGGGCUGUGCCUCCCAAACAGCCCCGAGAGAGGAAACGAGGGCCACCCCGAGCUGGAUGGAUGGUUAUGGGGAAAGGAGCAAGACCUUCACUGCGGGCAGUCUCCCAGUUCGCCGUACUGCUCAUUUACAUCUGCCCUUCAGUGAGCCUGCAGUGUAAGAUCCUGAGGUGCAACUCGGAGUUCUGGGCCUCAGCCGCCAGCUCAGGGCCCGGGGAGUUCUGCGCGGCGCUGAGGGCGUAUGAUGCAUGUGUGCGGCGCACGGCACGUGCCUGCCGCGGUGACCUGACUUACCACUCUGCGCAGCACGGUGUCGAGGACCUGAUGGGACAGCACAACUGCUCCCGAGAGGCAGCCUCGCCACCUUCCCGUGCCCGCACCCCGGCCUCGCCCCCUUCCCGUGCCCCUGCCCCGCCCCCUCUUCCAUCCCCUGACAGCCAGGAGCGCUCCGACGGCCCAGAGGUGUGCCACUACGAGCGUAGCCUCCUGCUUCACGGUGUGCCACCUAACUACACGCACUGCGGCUUCUUCGGGGACCCGCACCUACGCACCUUCAGCGAUGACUUCCACACCUGCAGGGUGGAGGGGGCGUGGCCUCUCAUCCACAACAAGUACCUCUCCGUCCAGGUGACCAACACACCUGUGCUGCCUGGGGCUGUUGCUACAGCCACCAGUAAGCUAACCAUCAUAUUCAAGAACUUCCAGGAAUGUGUAGACCAGAAGAUGUACCAUGCUGAGACGGAUGAGCUUCCAGCGGCAUUUGCAGACGGCUCCAAGAACGGAGGUGACCAGCAUGGGGCCAGCGCAUUGGCCAUUCUGGAGAAAGUUCCGGGUCAACACGUGGAGAUCCAGGCGCGGUACAUCGGCACCACCAUUGUGGUCCGACAGGUAGGCCGCUACUUGACGUUUGCCGUGCGGAUGCCAGAGGAGGUGGUGAACUCGCUGGAGGAGAGGGACGAGCAGGACCUGUACCUCUGCCGGGACGGCUGCCCACUCAGCCAGCGCAUCGGCUUCGGCGCCGCCGCGGUCCAGGCUGACAAUGGCCACGCCCCCACCAGCAAAACGGGCUUCACCUACAUGUCAGCCACAGCCACGUGCAAGGAGCACCUCCCUGUUCAAGAUCUCUACUUCCAGUCCUGCGUCUUUGACCUCCUCACAUCUGGAGAUGUCAGUUUCACUAUGGCGGCUUAUUACGCUCUUGAGGAUGCGAAAGUGCUCCAUUCGGACAAGAGCAAACAUCACAUCUUUGAAGCCGCGUGGAAAACGGGCAGCUCUGCACCAGGAACGCACACUGGCUAUUCACUGUCCUCUGCCAGCCUCCUGUUGUUUGUCUUGUGUAUCCAGGGCUGACUCACAUAUCCAUAGUCACUCACCUCCAUCGCCCUUCAUUCUGCCGCCAGUGGGCCGAACCUACAGAAGGUCCCUCUCACCUGAUCAUACCUCUGCUGGUAGAGUGUCAUUCAGUCAUUUCUGGAGUCUUCAAGUACAGCCCUACAGACCAGCUUAUCAGAUCAUCUAUCAGUGCAUUGUCAUUUCAGAGCCACACAUGACCUCUACCUGAAGUUCUGGAGAACUUCAUCUACUAGUAGUCUGUGUUGCAUUACCAUUUUUUCCUAAAGAACCACCACCCUGGUGUGGGUCUCCAGAGGAAUGAGGAGAUGCCGCAGACAUGUCCUGCGCUGGCAUCCCAUUCAGAGAAGAAAAACACCAAUAUGCCUGUAGACAGGAUGUUUCUAGCAAGUAGUUGGAAUCAGGGAGAUCCUCCAGAAAAACUGUUUCAAAAAUUUGCAGCAUUCAGCUUUUCUGGCUCAUUAAUAUUUUGUGGGUGCUGUGACUUAAUAAUGUUAUCAUUAUUAUUUAUUAAAUGGGACAGUGAAUUCUCUGUUCACAUUACAGAAACAACCAGGGUAUACAAGUAUGUAAUAUGUCAAGUCAGAAGUGGUUUAUUUUACAGGACUAUUUAUAUCUAAUUACUAUGAGUCAUGAACAACAGUGUCGUUUUAGACCAAGAAGUCCUGGGCCUAAAAUAAGAGGUGUAUUUAAUUCCUUGAUGAAAAAGUUCCUUUGCUAAUGUCUUCUGAGUGUAAGUACACCCAUAUGCCCUCUGCUCCAACACUGUAUUACCGUCAAUGUCUGUCUUACUUGUGGCCAGUUUCCUGUAGAUGAAUGUUUUAAAAAUCUGGGGAUGUGGCUGUUCAGAGACGGGGUUCAGUCCGGACAAAGUGCUGAGUGCGGCUCCCAGCAGUAAUAUAGAUCCCUGGCUCAAUGCUGGGCUGAGGCUGCUCUCUAACCCUGAGCUGAAGAUACCAGUAUGGCCAGACCGUUAAAUGUGAAGAGCAGAACGUGACUGUGAAUCUGCGGAUCUGGCCGUGCUGUUGGACUGGCUGGGGAUCGUGUGUCUCUGUGGACCAAUGGAUUACUGGGGUAAAAGCUUCUCAAGAGAAGAUCUGUUUCCAGACAACUAAGCCAGGGCUUGAGGGAGGUGGACUGGUGCCUUUGGGUUUGGCCUAGAUGGACGUUCUGAUGGUGCAGGUAACCUGAAGGGACCAUGAAAUGAGAGAGAUGGAAAUUCUCUGAUUUUAAUGGUGGUAGUUAAUUUCACACUCUGGAGAGCCGCACCUUCGACACAUUGUUACUAAUUCCUUGAACACCAUUCUGCCCCAUGGGGAUGGGGGGGGGGGGAGACUAGCAGAGGUGCCGAUAAGGUGUUAAAAGAUGUUGGCUCUUGUUUAUGUGUCAUGAUGUCAGUCUUCUCCAAGACUGUCUCAGCUCGUGUUGUACAGGUACACACAAGGCUGAUCUCAGCAGCUUCUACUAACAGAAAUGCACUGAAGGUCAUUUGAGCUAUGCUGCUGAUCCUGGAUUUUUUUAUUUUUUUUUUCCUGGCUAAUAUCUCUCUCCCUGUCGAAGCUGCCAAGGCAACUCGUCCUCAGCUCGCGAGCGGAUUCCUGAAGAACAACAAGCACUUGUACGCGAGAACCACUUUACAUAACUUACAGCAUCAAAAAAAAAAUACAAACUGUCAGACAGCAUCUCGUGAACUGAUUACGAGCAGCGAGAGCACGGCGCAGGUUUGCUGGCCUGGUUUGGGAAAGUUAGUCCAACACGACUCACCUCAAAGCGGCUUUGCUGCGAUAAUGCACUGUCCGCAAAUAAGCGUAUAAAAUGUGUGGUUGUACGAAAGGCCAAGAACAAUGAAUUAUUGUUAGGCUGUUCUUUUGGGGUUUUGUAUGAGGGGUGAGGAGGUAAGUAUUAUUUUUUAUUUAAGUACGAUUUGUGAAAAUAUGAAUGUUGCAGACUUGCAUGCUGCCAGAAAGACUGUCCCUAGAUCCUGGGUAGUGCACUAUAAUAGUGAUGUGUUCCUGUCAGCCAUACUUUGGCUAACUGUGGCGUGAUGGGUCAGGAGGCCGGAACAACCUCCCUACCUGGGAAUAAAAGGGCAGAUGAGGCCACAUGCGGACGUUUGCUUCUCACCGAACAGUGAAAACAGAAUGGAAAAACCGUGUGCUGCGACUCACUCUUACACUACAAACGCACUUUAUGUUUCACUAGGAAAAGAGGACUAACAAGAACCAGAUCAGAACAUGUUUGUAUUGUGACACCCGAUAAUACUGUACAUUAUUUAUUGUGAAGCUGUAUUUUAUGCUGACAGUGUGUGAUAUAAUAUGAUAUGCCAGUUGUCUUCAAAUCGUAAACCCUCCAGCUAUAUUGUCGCAUAUCAAAUAUUAAAGAGUGAUCAGUAAAGAGAGUGAAAUUUAUACUGUAAGCUGUGAAAAUUCAGUGUUGAUUUAAUAGGUCAACCGGUCGGCGUUCUUUAGCUGUUUAUGGGGGGGAAAAAAUGUUGAUUGCCGUAUAACAUAGUUUGCACACACUGGACUCGCAUUCAUGUUUGUGGAUUUUUCCUGCAAGCUUGUGUAUUUCAGCAUUGAGUAUUCAUUUAUGUAUGACACGUGGGAACUGACAUGUUUAUGAAAUUUGUAGAUUAAAAAAUGUCACAUACACUAAGACAGUGCUGUUUAGGUAAUCAGUGUCAUCUGAAAUUCUAAUGGCUGUUUAAUGCUUUAAAUGUUUAACAUAAAAAAGCAAUUUUUUGGGGAAAAUAACCAUUUGUGAUAGAAAUAUAUAAUCACUCUGUACAGUCUGGUUUUGUUUUUACGUCUUAUUGUGGAAAGGUUUAACUAGAAGGAGUAAAGAUUGUCACACAGUUGUGAAA